AUGCUCCACUCGUCUGAACCUCAACAACAGAGCGACAAUACGAAGAAGAGCAAUGUCUUUCUUCCACCUCCGAAGUAUCAUCAACUCACAGCAAGUAACACUGUGAACACUACAAGCGGUAGUAGUAGUAACAGUAACAACACUCAUGUGGGAAGAUCCACUGUACGUCUGAAACGACCACAACAACAACUACCAGUAAACGUCGGAAUCAGCAGCAUCAACAGCACAAAUGCCACAUCAACGUCUUUCGGAAAAAGCAGCAAUACUUCGCUAGAGAGUUUACUGAGUAAAUUGAAUGAGGAACAGAGGAGAGCUGUUUGUUCUCGGAAUGAUCAAGUGAUUGUAAUGGCCGGACCAGGAACAGGAAAAACAUCCGUCAUUACCUACAGAAUUUUUUACUUGGUGCAUGAAAUGAAAGUCGAUCCAAUAAAAAUUUGUGCUCUCACGUUUUCCAAGGCAGCGGCGAAUGAAAUGAAGGAGAGAGCAGGACGACUGGAUGAACGAUUGAAAAAUGUAACCUUUAGUACUUUUCACUCCAAAGGUCUAGCUUUAUUACGGAAACACAAACUGGUGAAACAAUUUUACAAGAUUGCGGAUGAUAGAACUGUGCUUUCUAUAAUGUCAGACAUUAUUGCAAAACAUGAGAUUACUGAAGAAUGCACACCGAGUCAAAUGAAAGAUUGUGUUGCUCUUGUGAAAAACUCUGGAAUAUCUCCAAAUGAAGUAACCUCAAAAUUGAAAUCAUCAGAUUUGAAUGUAUCAUUACGAUAUUUUAUUCCAUUCUAUCAAGAGUUUGAGGAAGUAUUAGAAAAGAGGAACCUACUCACUCAUGAAGAUUUAAUUUUUAAAAUUGUAAAAAUAUUGAAGGAAAAACCUUCUCUGCUUGGUCAAGUAUCCAACGACAUUGAAUAUUUACUUGUAGAUGAAUAUCAAGAUACUAAUGACUUGCAAUAUGAAUUUACCAAGUUGCUCGUGAAUAAGCACAAGAGAAUAUUUUGUGUUGGAGAUUCAAGUACCUCAAACAUUCUAGAUGCUAGUUUCGACAUGUUACUCGAGAAUCACUCCAAAGAUGGUUCUAAUAACUCUUCUAAAAAACCCAGUAUUGAAUCUAUCAUACUGGAUGACUCCAAGUCGAGACUCAUUUCACAAAAAGGAGGCGGACCAACAAUCACCAUCAAAGAAUUUGUGACUCACAUUGAACAAAUUAAGUUUGUAGUAGACACUAUCAAACAAGAGGUUAGCAACAACAGUAAUAGAAAAUAUGGAGAUUUUGCAAUUUUAUCCAGGUUAAAUAGUUUGUUGAAACCCUAUGAAAUUGAGCUAGGAAAGCACAAAAUACCAUUUGAAUCCAAACAAAAUGAAAACUUUUUAAAAUCUGCAUGGAUUCAGGUCCUAAUUUCAUACCUUGACACGAUAGAUAGCAUUUCGAGAGGAAAUUUAAAUAGUAGGUCACUGGAUCAUGUCACAAAUAUUCCUGAUCGAGCAAUUUUCACAGAAACAAAAUCGGCACUCAUAGACUGUCUCUCUAACGGUAUCUCUGUUUCUGAGCUUAUUGACAUUAUUGAGAAGAGAGUCAAGUACAAGCCCAGCUUGACAUUGGGACGUCAAGUUUCGUUUUUAAUUGCAAUGGAUAAUGAAGAAAAGAAAUCUGUCAUCGCUCUAUUGAAACAUCUUAUUCGGAUGAAUGAAAUGACUCAUUCGGUCUCUUCUCUGAUCCGAUACAUACUCGAUACAAUUGAUGUGACAAGUUACUUGAAACAAAAGUACACCACAAAUUACGAAACAUGUGAAAAAGACAUUGAAGAGUUCUUGCGUAUGGCUGACAAGACUGACACUCUUUCCACCUUCCUCCAAGAAAUGAAUGACGAUGACGAAUCGAAAAAUAACAAUGUCAGAAAUGGAGUCACCUUGCUCACCAUGCACUCUUCCAAAGGCUUAGAAUUCGAGUAUGUAUUUGUUACUGACCUUGUUGAUGAUAUUUGUCCACACUUUCGAUCCAAAGGAAGCUCUCGAGAGGAACAAGAAGAAAAGAGAUUACUCUUUGUGGCCAUGACUCGAGCCAAGUGGAAAAUGUAUCUUCUCUCGACAAAGACCAAACUCGCACAAGAAGAUCGAAUUGAAAUGGCUGAGCCUACACCCUGGCUGAGAGCUCUUACUAAAAAAUCCUAUAUUGAUUUUGAACCAAUUUCAAGAAAGAUAACGACGCAAAUGGAACAAGCAGAAGAUUUGGCUCUCUUCACGAAGAAUUAUUUGGAAAGUCAAAAGUUAUUGGAACAACCAAACAUAAUGACAACUGCAACGAGUCAAGUGGAGAAUCAAGGAUUCUCUUCAAAACAAGAAAAGACAAGAAGGAAAAGAGAGAAGGAUUUAUCUACUGAGAAUUCAAAGUUGUUUGCCUCUGCUAGUAGUGAUGUAAAUACUUCAUCCUCAAGUACAGCACCUAAGGGUAAUACUAGCGGUGGUUCAAUCUUUAUGAAUGCUUCACAAUAUUGCUUGAUCAAUCGAAUUCGUUUAGAAGAAGCCGAAAAUGGACAUGUCGAAAGUGAUGAUAUAGACCUUGGAGAUUUUGAAGAGAAUACUCUUCCCAAUACGCAAAAAUCACACAACCCCUCAAUCCAACAACAAGUAGAAGAAUUUGAAUUCAAGUUUUUAGAUGAAGAAGAAAAUUCAAGUCUUUCAUUGAGCUUUUCACCAAAGAUGACCACGACAACGAUCAACACCAAGCAACAGAUGAAAGAUAAAAAUAUUAAUUUGGAUGAACUUUGGUUUGAAGAUGAGGAAGAACCCAUUGAGCUCGAUGAAGAUCUUUUACAAACCAACCACUCUAAAAAACGUAAAAUGUGA